UCUUUAUAAGCUUUUCAAAACAAACCAAUACCACCUAAUUUUCUCUUCUCUCUCCACCCCAAAUUCUCUAUUUUCCAAAAAUGAAUGGAGAUGAAACCACUUACAGUAAUAAUGACCAAAUUAAAACACCACUCCUUCCAAUUCAUAGGUCACAAAGCAUGAAUUCAAUUAUUGAAUCAAUAUUCACACUCAAAAAUUUAUUCACCUUAUUAGGACCAUUACUAUGUACACUCAUUUGCCUAUUUGUAAAAUUUGAAAAUGCACCUAUUACAAGUACAAACAUGUUGGGUGUUCUUGCAUGGAUUUUUACGUGGUGGUUAUCGGAAUCCGUGCCGAUGCCGAUAACCUCCAUGUCUCCGAUGUUCCUCUUCCCGUUGUUCGGAAUUUCAUCGGCUGAUGACGUGGCACAUUCGUAUAUGGAUGAUGUUAUUGCACUUGUACUUGGUAGCUUUAUACUUGCACUUGCUGUUGAACACUACAAUAUACAUCGAAGAUUGGCCUUAAAUAUCACACUAUUAUUCUGUGGGGAUCCACUCAACCCACCACUCCUCCUCCUCGGGAUCUGUGCCACCACGUUCUUCGUCAGCAUGUGGCUGCAUAACGUAGCGACCACGGUAAUGAUGAUGCCGGUGGCCACGGGAAUCCUGCAGCGUCUGCCUUCCAGCUGCGGCCACCGAAAUCAAGACGAUAGUAACUCAGACGACCUGAUCACCAAGUUCUGUAAAGCGGUUGUUCUAGGGGUGAUAUACUCCGCGGCGAUUGGUGGAAUGAGUACGUUGACCGGGACAGGUGUCAACUUGAUAUUGAUUGGAAUGUGGAAGAGUUAUUUUCCUAAAGAAAAUGCUAUAAGUUUUAGCACUUGGUCAUUUUUUGCUUUACCUUUGGCCUUGGUAAUAUUUUUUGCAUUGUGGGGUAUUCUUUGCUUAUUGUAUUGUAGGAAGGGAUCAAGUAGAUCACUUUCUACUUAUUUGGACAAAAAUCAUUUGAAGAGGGAGCUUGAUUUGUUAGGUCCCAUGACAUUUGCUGAAAAGAUGAUUUUGGCAGAUUUUUCGAUUCUAAUAAUGUUGUGGAUGACAAGAAGUAUAACUGAAGAUAUUCCUGGAUGGGGAUCCCUCUUCAAGGGACGUGCUGGUGAUGGAACUGUUAGUAUCAUGAUGGCAACCUUGUUAUUCAUAAUUCCAAACAAGAAAGAGCCAGGGGAGAAAUUAAUGGAUUGGAACAAAUGUAAGAAAUUGCCAUGGAAUAUAAUUCUUUUAUUAGGGGCGGGUUUCGCUAUAGCUGAUGGGGUUAGGUCAAGUGGUCUAGCUGAUGUUCUAUCAAGAGCCCUAGAUUUCUUGGAAAACGCGCCUUACUUAGCCAUUGCGCCAGCUGUCUGUUUAAUAAGUGGGACCCUCACCGAGUUCAUCACGUCUAACAAUGCCACCACAACAAUUAUAGUCCCAUUGCUCAUUGAGAUCGCGAAGACCAUGCACAUUCAUCCCCUCUUACUCAUGAUCCCGGGAGCCAUUGGCGCACAGUAUGCUUUCUUACUCCCUACCGCGACACCCUCGAAUGUUGUAGGGUUUACUACUGGACAUAUCGAGAUUAAAGACAUGAUCAAAAUUGGACUUCCGUUAAAAGUUGCUGGAGUUGUUGCUCUCUCCUUCUUGAUGCCUACCCUUGCACCUAUUGUAUUUGGAACAGAUAAACCUGUGAAUUACGUAUCAAGAAAUUUUCUGCAUUGGUGUGGCUAGUUCAAUUUCAUUAAAGAUUGAAAUAUAGAGGAAUAUAUAAGGCGAGAUAAAGUUAGAAAGUUAUAUACAUCGAUAAUGUAAAAAUAUAUGCACAAUCACAUUAAUGUUGUGCUUUUUUUUUGUAAUUGGUGGUCUUCUUUUUCUAUUUUCCUUUUUCAUAUUUUUUUCCUUUUCCUUUUCUUUCUAUCUUCCUUUUCUUGUUGAGUUUUUGUAUCUAUUGUAUAAGCUUUUCAAUUAUAUGUUCUAAGAAAUGAAAUAUGAAAUGUAAUUUUAUAUUUUAA